CAAACGAAAAUUGAAAAAUUCAUAGAAUUUUUGAGGUUAUGUUUUGCUCGUCAACUGUAAACGAUAUUCUGAAUUAUAUUUGAUGUUAUGGAAGAACAUUUUGCAACAUUGAAAUUAUUGGAUUCAGACACUGAUUGUAAAUUGACCAAAGCUGUUAGCUAUUCCGAAUUGCCGUCUUCUCGUAGAGUUCACGUGGAAAAAUCUUAUUUUAAAAAUCCAUCUGACUUGAUCAGACAAUACAGUUGUGAACAAAUUUUUUACAAAAAUGCAAACACCAGGCAAUUGAAGAUAUCAGAGGUGGUGCAUACUGUGGAUAAGGAAUAUAGAAAAGAAUGGCAGGCAACGAUUCCAUAUUCUGAUACUUUAAACGCCCCCAACUGGCCGUUAUAUAAGCCCAAUAACGUAAUACAAUCGUCAAACCUUAAGCCAAAUGAGAGGUCAAACGAAAUAGAAUAUAUGGAAAUUGAUAAUGUGAAUCCUGCGAAGGAACCUACAUCGACCAACACAAAUCCAAUUGAUAAACAGGAGCCUGUACCCUGUCCUGAAUCCAGGUCAGAACAAUGCGACACUGUAAAAGAUAAGACUAAAACUUCAUAUUCGGAAGUAAAAAAGAACCUUAGAUCGUUAGUGCCAAAAAAAGAAGUUCCAUUAAAAAAAAAAAUAAACAUGUGCUACUGUAACUUAGCAUGUUUAUGUAUAACUCCAAUUAUCGUGGGAAUAAUUGCAUUGUUUUUGAACCCUGUUACAAACACAUUUUGCAACCGUGCUACACUGUUCUCAAAUGCUACCACUGAAAUGCAACAAAAGAUAUAUGGACAAACGAACGCAAUUUCCGAUAUUACCUACGCUUUAAAUCAGGAUAUUUAUCAUUUAAAGGUCGUUUGUCUCAUUGGUGGGACGGGUGUCGGAAAAUCUUAUACCGUCGAAAUUAUAAAAAAAAAUUUCCCGCAUAAAAAAAGAAUUUUGACGUACGAUUUAAAAUUGGAAGACAAGAACAAGUUAACCGCAUUCGAUUCUUACGAAUUACUGAUCAUAGAGAAUUUGAAACUGAAAAAUUUAGAUAUUUUUGCUACUCUAUUGGAUAUAUUAGUUAAAAACAAAGAAAAUUGCGUUACAGUAUUUGCCAUUUUUAACGUGGAAGGUGUCGAUGAUUAUUUAGAACGGGAAGUGGAUUUAGUGAAAAGCAAAGAUAUUAUUACCAAGGCAUUUAUCAGAGAACAAAUCGAUUUAUUUGUCGUUCCGUAUAUACCUUUAAGCGAACAGGCACUGGAGAUGUGCAUAAUGGAUGUGGCGCGACAAAGUGAUUUGCAACUAUCGCAAGAUCAAAUUAACGAGAUUAAACAUAGUUUAUCACUUUCGGGCAGCGGUUGCAAAGGAGCUUACGCGAAGACACAGAUUAUUGGUAGAGAAUGAAUUUGAGAAUAAUCGUUCAGUUUUAAGAAACAUAUUCCUUUUUGUCCCUUUAUCCUUUAUUCCUUUAUAAGAAGGAAUAAGACUUUUGUUAUUUAGUUUAAAACUAUUUUCGACAACAAUAUUCGAAUGUUACAAUGUUAGUUCCACGUUACAAUCGAGCUUUCAUAUUCUCGUCAAUCGCAUUUACGUAUUUUAAUACUAGAUAAA